UCAAGGUUCAUCUUCUUCUAACUAUUUCUCUUCCUUUUCUAUUUUUUUUCACUUCUAUAUUAACUUCUCUUUGCUUCAUUUAUGUAGGAAAUAUGUCUCCUCUAGCAUUUCUUCUCCUUGGUGUUCUCCACCUGGUUUCACAUGUAAAUGGCCAUGGUGGUCAUGCUAGUUGGAUUAAUGCUCACGCUACUUUCUAUGGUGGAAGCGAUGCUUCCGGAACAAUGGGUGGAGCUUGUGGAUAUGGAAAUUUAUAUAGUCAAGGUUAUGGAACAAAUACAGCAGCAUUAAGCACAGCAUUAUUCAACAAUGGAUUGAGUUGUGGUGCAUGUUAUGAAAUUAAAUGUGUGAAUGAUCCACAAUGGUGUACUCCUGGAUCCAUUAUAGUUACUGCCACUAAUUUCUGUCCACCAGGUGGUUGGUGUGACCCUCCAAAUCACCAUUUUGAUCUUUCUCAACCUAUUUUUCAACACAUUGCUCAAUAUAAAGCUGGAAUUGUACCUGUUGCUUACAGAAGAGUAAGAUGCAGAAGAAGAGGUGGAAUAAGAUUCACAAUCAAUGGACAUUCUUACUUCAAUUUAGUACUUGUGACAAAUGUUGGAGGUGCUGGUGAUGUACAUUCUGUGGCCAUAAAAGGUUCAAGAACAAGAUGGCAAGCCAUGUCAAGAAAUUGGGGGCAAAAUUGGCAAAGUAACUCUUACCUUAAUGGACAAAGUCUUUCCUUUGUUGUCACCACAAGUAAUGGUCAUAGUGUGGUUUCAUUCAAUGCUGCUCCAGCUAGUUGGUCUUUUGGUCAAACCUACACCGGAAGACAGUUCAACUAUUAAGUAACCUUUUAAUCGAUAUUCUAAAAAUCGAAUCAUCCGACGAUAUAUAGGGUUUGAUCAUUUAAACCGUUCGAUUCAGAUUUUAUUCUGAAACGAACAGUUUAACAUUGUUGAACCAGAUCCAUAGUUUUGUUGGUUCGGUUUUUAAAAUAUUUAGUAAUAAUAAUAAUACUAGUAUUUCAAUUUUCUAAGAUUAUUAUUACAUUUAAAAAUUAAAAGGACUAAGUUUUUUUUAGUUGAGUAGUGUAAAUGGAUUUAUUUGAGUUGGGUUAGAUAGAAGAUGGUUUAGCCCAAUUUAUUUAUAUAUUUUGAUUUUAUUUUUAUAUGGCAAGCAUUUGUGGAUGAUGUGCUGGCUUUAUUUAUGCUGUGCCUCAACAAAUGAGAUACUUGCCAUGUUGAGAAAGAUUAAUCUUAAAGAGAUUGUUGAA